UGGCCGCUCAAUCUGGGAGUAAAGUGCAGAACGGGAGCUGCCAGUUGGGAGUUGGCAGUUGGGGAGAUACACGAGACAGCGCUGAUCUGUCGCUGAAACUGGGACUUUCCUGGGACUGAGAGGAGGAACUGGGACUGGCACCGACCCAGCGCAAAUCCCCCGGGACUAGAGACCGACGCUCCGACCGCAGAGGAAACCAAUGGGAAUGAUCAUGAGAGCGGAGCGGAUUGUGCCCUUAUUGAGCCUCCUCCUGAGCAAUCUCUUUACUGCCCUACACACCAAAGAGGUUGUGUUGCUGGACUUUGAGAAGACUCAAGGAGAACUUGGCUGGCUCACCCAUCCAUAUGGCAAAGGGUGGGACCUGCUGCAGAACGUGAUGAACGGCAGUCUGAUCUACAUCUACUCGGUGUGCAGUGUGCAGGAGGGGGAGCAGGACAACUGGCUGCGCACCAAUUGGAUCUACCGUAGCGAGGCGCAGCGCAUCUUUGUGGAGCUGAAGUUCACGGUGAGAGACUGCAACAGCUUCCCCGGGGGCUCGGGCACCUGUAAGGAAACCUUCAACCUGUACUACAUGGAGUCCGACAUCGAUUACGGCACCAACUUCCAGAAGCGCCAGUUCCGCAAGAUCGACACCGUCGCCCCAGAUGACAUCACAGUGCCGUCCGACUUUACCUCGCGCAACGUGAAAGUGAACGUGGAAGUGCGCUCCGUGGGGCCCCUCAGUCGCAAAGGCUUUUACCUGGCGUUUCAAGACAUCGGGGCUUGCGUGGCGCUGCUUUCCGUGCGUAUUUACUACAAGAAAUGCCCGUCUGUGGUGCAGGGGAUGGCGCAGUUUCCAGAGACAGUUGCUGGCGCCGACUCUCAGUCCUUGGCGAAGGUUUCGGGGAAGUGCAUGAAUAACGCUGUGUCAGUCAACGGAGAAGAUCCCACAAUGCACUGCAACACGGACGGAGAGUGGCUGGUUCCCAUUGGCCACUGCUUGUGCCAACCUGGCUAUGAGAAAGUGGGAGACACUUGCCAAGCUUGCCAGCCGGGGUUCUUCAAGUCAGAAACCUCCAACGGACCCUGCCUGCCCUGCCCGGAUCAUACAGAACCCACCAGCCCGGCCGCCACUUUCUGCCCCUGCAACGAUGGAUUCUUCCGCUCCACCUCUGACCUCAGCUCUGCCCCUUGCACCGGUUUCCCAUCUGCCCCCCGUGACCUCACUGCCGUUGACUUGGGCUCAAAGGUGACGCUGCGCUGGUUGCCCCCCAGUAACUCCGGGGGCCGCAGUGACAUCACAUACACAGUAACGUGUGAGAAGUGUGUGCCAGAGGCCAGCGAGUGCACCCCCUGUGAUAGCAACAGUAUCCGUUAUUCCGAAAACCCUCGGGAACUGAAAGGCACCACCCUCGCCAUCAUGGAACUAGAGCCUCAUCUCAACUACUCCUUCACUGUAGAGGCACGGAAUGGAGUUUCUGGUUCCGGUUCCAGCCGCAGUUACGCAACUCUGAGGAUCAGCUUGAACCAAACUGAACCCCCAAAAGUCACCUUCAUAAACCUGGAUAACCAGGCGACCAACUCCCUCAGCCUGUCCUGGUCGGUGCCUCCUCGCCAGCAGACCCGCAUCUGGAAGUACGAAGUCACCUACAGUAAGAAGCACGAUGCCAACAGUUACUCGGUGCAGCGGUGCGAGGGCAACACCGUCACGCUCUUGAAACUCGCCCCAGGGACCACCUAUGUUGUCCGGGUGCAGACGCUGACGCAAGAGGGAGUCGGGGUUUACAGCAGGGACUAUGAGUUUCAUACUCUGGCUGGUGAGGAAACCUCAAACAACGCCGCUGCUAUUGGUGGUGCCAUAGCCGGGGCCAUUUUAAUCGUCAUCUUUGUGGCCGUCAUUAUCUUCAUGCACAGGAGCCGGAGGAACCCCAAUACCCGCCAGAGUGAAGAGGACAUCUACUUCUCCAAACCUGAGCAACUGAAACCCCUCAAGACCUACGUGGACCCCCAUACGUACGAAGAUCCCAACAAGGCCGUGCUGAAGUUCACCACCGAGAUUUCAGCCAACUCCAUCACGCGCCAGAAAGUAAUCGGAGCAGGUGAAUUUGGGGAGGUGUAUAAGGGAAUCCUGAAGCUGCCGGGGAAGAAAGAAGCCCCAGUUGCAGUUAAAACCCUAAAGGCCGGCUACACGGAGAAGCAGCGCGUUGACUUCCUGAGCGAGGCGAGCAUCAUGGGACAGUUCUGCCAUCAUAACAUUAUCCGCCUGGAGGGGGUGGUGUCCAAAAGUAAGAAACUCCUCCCAUUUCCCUUUUUUGCUUUAUGGCUUUCUCUGUAUAUCCCCCUCUCUUUUUCUGACCGACCCCCUCACAUGUGCUCUCCCCCCGCAGAUAAGACAAUGAUGAUUGUUACUGAACACAUGGAGAACGGAGCCUUAGACAAGUUCUUAAAGGAUAAUGAUGGCGAGUUUAGCCCCAUCCAGCUGGUGGGAAUGCUCCGAGGUAUCGCCGCCGGUAUGAAGUAUCUCUCGGAGAUGAACUACGUGCACCGCGAUCUGGCGGCUCGCAACAUUCUGGUGAACAGUCAACUGGUGUGCAAAGUGUCUGAUUUUGGGCUCUCUCGAGUGCUGGAGGAUGACCCCGAGGCUACUUAUACAACUAGUGGUGGAAAGAUCCCAAUCCGUUGGACGGCCCCUGAAGCCAUCUCUUACCGGAAGUUCACCUCCGCCAGUGACGUGUGGAGCUACGGAAUCGUCAUGUGGGAAGUGAUGUCAUACGGGGAGCGGCCUUACUGGGAAAUGUCCAAUCAAGAGGUCAUGAAGGCCAUUAACGAGGGUUUCCGACUCCCGGCCCCCAUGGACUGCCCGUCGGCCAUUUACCAACUAAUGAUGCAAUGCUGGCAGCAGGAGCGCAACCGCCGGCCCAAGUUCCCCGAUAUCGUCAGUAUUCUGGACAAGCUGAUCCGAGCCCCCGACUCUCUCAAGACAUUGGCUGAUUUUGACCCAAGGAUCUCCAUUCGUCUGCCCAGCACCAGCGGGUCGGAAGGAAUGCCAUUCAGAACCAUCAGCGAGUGGUUGGACUCCAUUAAGAUGCAGCAGUACACCGAGUGCUUCAUUGCCUCCCCCUAUAACUCAAUGGAUAAGAUCAUCCUCAUGAACCAGGAAGACAUCAAGCACCUGGGCAUCCGGCAGACAGGGCACCAGAAACGCAUCGCAUUUAGUAUCCUGGGACUGAAGGAACACGCCAGCACUAUGGGCAUCCCCAUCUGAGGACCAAUGAGAAGCAUCUGUGCUUGUAACCAUAGCAAUAUCCUCUGUCUGAGGACCCAUAGGCCACGUCUAUAUUGCCUUGGCACUAUAAAGGCCAGCAGGGAGUCCUUGACUGAGGCUUUUAAUAUAGGCUUCUCCCCCUGCUGAUGUGUGCACAUGGAUUCUUCCACCUGUGGUGCUUGGGGGGUUCAAUGCACUUUCUAAACACACAGGGGGGGGUGUGAAUAAAGUGCCAGUGGUGGGUCCUGGUGAUGCCCCAUGUCGGACUGAUGCUGCUAAAUAACAUCUCACUAUUGGGAGGGACAAGUGUCCGGCGUAUGGUUGAGAAAUACAAAGCAAUGAACCAUUUCACGAGCUGCUUUCUCAUUGGCCACAAGCAGCGCCUUUGCUGGACUUGGCAGAGCACUUUGUGUUUAUACAUACGGAGAUUAAUGAAGCGACCCCCCCCCCUAAUUCAGGACUCCCAGAUACCCUGGGACUCGGAGCUGUGGGAGACAUGAAACAUCUGGCUGGGGGGGGGUGAUAAAUUUCAGGACAUUUCCAGUAAAUCCUGAACUUGGCCGCGGUGCAGUCGCUCAUUGUCCUUUUUUAUUGUAUUCAUAGACUUUUUACUGUUUUCAGAUUUAUUUUAACCUCGGUACCAGAAUGGCAAUGGCGGCACUCGCUGCAGGUGCUGAGCCCCCAACAGCCAAUAGGAAUCUGAAUUCCGCCCCUCUCCUGACUGCCCAAUUUAUAGCAUUUGAAAUUAAAUGUACAUUCUGUCAUUUUAACUAUAGUUUACAUUUUGUUUUGUAGCUUUCGAGUUGCCAGGGACACUGGCCUUAGCAACAAAACGGUCAUUAUUUUUUUUAAAUACAUAUUCAAAUAUAAAGACCAAAUGCAAAGCUGCUUAGAUGACUCUUAUCUAAUUGGGCUUCCUAGAUCAUGAACAGAGAAAUUCAACCAAUCGGCCGUUACACUGCAGCUCCCUGCAUCAAGGAUUCUGGGAAAUGUAGUUUAAACAUUGCGCUUCCCUGCUUAGUUUACACAGUUGGCUAAAGAGGCUCUGUUGGCUGCAGAAUUAGAUCUCCCAGAAUCUGCUCUGCCAAAUAAUCUGGCUGGGGUUGCUGGGAAAUGUAGUUCCACCAUAACUGGAGGUUUCCUGUAUUUCCGUUAUAUUUUGCAUCAAGUUGAACACAAGGUUUUAGAGGCUUUUAACAGCGUUUAGUUAUCUGUCCUUAAUAAUUUGAUUUCUUCUCUAUAUUUUCAAGUGCCUUGUUACUCGCCCGGGAGUUUCCUCAUUGUACCCCCCAAUUUCCCCUCUAAUUUAUUUCUGUGCCUUUCUCUAUGUAGAGCGGGGCCUCGCUCAGUGUUAUUAUUCUUCUAUAUGCCAUAAUUAUUUAUUUUUUUAUAUUUAUUGAUAAAGUGUCGGCUGUCAGUUUCUCCAAAAUAAACCCGCACAUUAGUUUUUCAGAGAAA